ACAGAUUGAAUAUCUCCUCGAAAAGCCGAAAUCAACCACAUUUUACACCCACUCUUGGACGAAUGCGUGGUGUUGUACCUGGACGACAUCCUCAUCUACUCGCGCUAUAUGAAGCAGCAUGUCGAACAUAUGCGACGCGUCUUCGACAUUCUUCGACAAGAACGAUUCUAUGUCAAACUAUUGCCCUCAAGAAGGGCCACUUCCUAGGACACAUAGUGAGUGCUCAAGGAAUUCAUGUCUACCCCAAGAAGAUCGAAGCUGUACGCACGUGGAAGACACCCGAGAACAUAAACAAGUUGAACCAGUUCCUAGGCUUCGCUAACUAUUACAACAGAUAGAUAGACAGACCGAGCGUCUCA